AUGGCGGCGCAAGCCUUUAUUCCCUGCACUCAGGAGGCAGAGACUGAUACAGUGAGUGUGUUUAAAGAUGCUAGAAAACAUGCAGUUGGAGUGGGGAAGAUGUCUGAAAAGACAGGGAGUAAAAGGACGACACAAACAGCACAGGGACCUCCACAAUCUGAGGACAAGUUGGAUUUGGAACAAGCCCAAUGGAUGGUUUUGACCUCAGUGAGCUACAAGGUGAUUUCAGGUGAUGUGAUUUGUGAUGAGGAAAACAGAGAAAUAAACUGCCAACCAUGUGAGAGUUUGGCAGAAUGGGUGUGGAAUUCGACUUGUGAAAACUGGUUGGCCGCGCAGGCCGCCUUGGAAAAGUACUACCUUUCCAUUUUUUACGGGAUCGAGUUCAUUCUGGGAAUGCUUGGGAAUGUCACUGUCUUGUUCGGCUACCUGUUCUGUCUGAAGAGCUGGAACAGCAGUAACAUCUAUCUCUUCAACCUGUCCAUCUCCGACUUGGCCUUCCUGUGCACCCUUCCCGUGCUGACCAGCAGCUACGCCACGGAGCAGUGGCAGCACGGGGACGUGCUCUGCGUCAGCAACCGGUUCGCGCUGCACGCCAACCUGUACACCAGCAUCCUCUUCCUCACCUUCGUCAGCAUGGACCGCUACCUGCUCAUCAAGUACCCUUUCCGCGAACACCUGCUGCAAAAGAAGGGUUUCGCCGUCUUCGUCUCCUUGGCCAUCUGGGUGCUGGUGACGGUGGAGUUACUGCCCAUCCUCCCUCUGAUAAGCCCCGUGGUGACAAACCAGAGCACCAACUGCAUGGACUUCGCCAGCUCGGGGGACCCCAGGUACAACCUGGCCUACAGCCUGUGCCUCACCUUGGUGGGCUUCGUCCUCCCGCUGGCCGCCAUGUGCUUCUUCUACUGCAAGAUGGCCGCGCUCCUCCCCGCCGCGCCCUCCCGGCACCGGCCGCGGCGCCUCGUGCUGCUGGCGGUGGCCACCUUCUCGGCGCUCUUCACGCCCUACCACGUGAUGCGCAACGUCAGCGUCGCCUCGCGCCUGCGCGCCGCGCCCCCGCGCGGGUGCGCGCACGCCGCCGUGCGCGCGCUGUACGUGGUGACGCGGCCCGUGGCCUUCCUGAACAGCGUCGUCAACCCCGUCUUCUACUUCCUGGUGGGCGACCGCUUCCGGGAGAUGCUGGCGAGCAAGCUGCGGCGCCUCCGGACGUCGCUGGCGCCCUGCCGGGGGUGA